ACUUAAACUUCAAAAAACCUGAAAACCUUUUAAACAGGUUGAUUUUGAGUUUGAAAGGUUAUUUGGGUCUUGAAAUUCAAAGUGAACAACAUUAGUCGACAGAUGCCAAAUUGUUAAAUGAAAACUAAUGUCAAGGACUUUCAUUUGAAUAUGGUUGAAAAGUCCUGCAAUGUUAGUUAAUUUUGAACAAAGUAAUUCAUGUUGAAGCCUUUAAUACUAAUUUUAUUUCUAACAUCAAAAAGAACAAUGGCUUGGCGAUCUCACGGUAAAAACAAUGCGGAAAUGGUGCGGAAUUUAAAAGCUAAUGGCAUCAUCAAAAGUGAGAUAGUCGAAAAUGCCAUGCUUGCAGUUGAUAGAGGAAAUUAUUCUAAAAACAACCCUUACAUGGACAGUCCUCAGGGCAUUGGUUAUGGAGUCACAAUCUCUGCACCACACAUGCAUGCCCAUGCCUUAGAACUGCUUAAAGAUAGAUUAGUAGAAGGAAACCGAGCUUUGGACGUUGGUUCCGGUAGUGGAUAUUUAACAGCUUGCAUGGCUAAAAUUUUAGGCUCCAAGGGUGUGGCUGUAGGUAUUGAUCAUCUAAAAGAACUGGUUGAUAUGUCCAGAAGUAACAUUCAGGUAGACAACCCUGAGCUCUUGGAGAAUGGAAAUGUUGUGCUUAUCACUGGGGAUGGCCGGAAAGGUUAUCCUGAAAUGGGGCCUUAUGAUGCUAUACAUGUAGGUGCAGCUGCACCCAAAUUACCUGAGCCAUUAGUUCAGCAGUUAAAGGUUGGAGGUCGCUUGAUAAUCCCAGUGGGACCUUCUGGAGGUGAUCAAUCAUUGGAACAGAUUGAUAAACUGGCAGAUGGAUCAAUUACUAGGAAAACACUAAUGGGAGUCGUUUACGUCCCGUUGACCGAUAAACAUAAACAGUGGCCGAUGGCCGAAUGACGACUUGUUGUUAAAAUCUAUAUCGCUUUUAUAGUCAUAAUCCUCGUCAUUAAUAUUGUUUCUGUUUUCGUUUAGGUACAUCUGCGAAUUCUGUUGUUAAAUGCUAAUGUGGUAUUAGUUUUGUAAACGUUCAUUUAUUACGAUGACCAAUUUAUCUAAUAUAAAUUUACUGCAUAAUAUUGUACAUACAUUUAUAAACAUCCUUUUUUUCAAGGAAAUAAACUGUAUCAAUGUAUUACUAAUGUUAUGUACUAUUUCGUGGCUGCUGAUUUAGAAACAAAAAAUCUUUAUUAAUUCGUGUAUUGCUACUACUUUCAACUCUAGUCCUUCUUAGAAAUAGAGUAUGCUUCUGAGCACCAUUCAGUAUAAUACUCUGUGUUACUGAUCAUAAAUUAUGAAUUUUAAGAGUUUGAUCUUCAUUAUGAUUAUGUAUUAAGUAUUAUUAAUAGGUUAUUUAUUAAUUGUAUAUAUGGGAUGUUUUAUAAAUAUAUUUUUUGAGUGUAUACUCACGUUAAACUGCGACUUUGUAACGUCAAAUUUGGCUGUUAAUUUGAAAUAAACUGUAUUUUCAUCUAAAAUUGACUUGUAUCUGUAUUAAUAUAAUCA